GAGUGAAAGAGUUCGGCAUCCCUGAAGCUGUGUAUGGGGCCAUCUUAGAAGCAGGCAUUUAAAAAAGGAAAUCGCGCCUUGAAAAGAUUUAAGCCAGCCGGGCGAAAGGCAUUAUGGGGACCGACUAGUUUGGCGUGGCUGUAGAGACAGAAAACGCUAGAGUCCGCAUCUAUAGAGAUAUAAAAAAGAUUCACUCUUAAUGUUGUGUACAGGAAUACCACAAAAGUAGAGGUGCUUCCUCCCUGCACAUUACUUCAUACAUCAUUGCCUCGAAAUGGGCUUGAGGAAUUUUUUGACGACCCCCAAAAUUGGGGAAAGACGGAAAUCAAGUCUGGGGAUUCCUGGACGGUGGAACAGCUCCGAGGCAAGAGUAGUGAGGAUUUGCACAAACUUUGGUAUGUCCUCCUAAAAGAGCGAAACAUGCUUUUGACGUUGGAGCAGGAAGCAACACGACAGCAUUUACCAAUGCCAAGUCCAGAGCGAUUAGAUAAGAUAAUAGAUUCCAUGGACCGAAUGGAUAUCGUCAUUCAGGAAAGAGAAGAUGCACUGCGACUCUUACAGACCGGGCAGGAGAAGGAGAGACCGGGCGAGUGGAGGCAUAACUUUUUGGGCCGCACUUUUUGGUAUGAAUUCAGGGAAUGGCCAAUUCCCUGGCACUUGAACACGAAGCACAAAAGGAAGCGAUUCUUCUAUUUGCCAUUUGUUGCCCGUUAUAAGAGACUCAUGUUGGAAAAAUAUUUGCGAAAGGAAGCCAGGAGGAAAUCUUUGGAGAGAAAGAAAGAGAAGCUUUUACAGAAAAAAUUCCCUCAUCUUGCCACACAGUCUCAGAGUUAAUAUGGAAUUGGAGUCUCCAGUAACUGGUUGUAAAUGGACAAAUGAAACAAGACCCACUAUGAUAAUCUUUUAAUCACUCUUUUCUUAUUGAAAUAAAGUUCUUUGUUCUGAAA